UUCUGGACAGUGGAGGGCAGAUCACACUCAGUAUUCACAACUAGAAGGCAAAGGAAGAAUCUCCUUACUCUCUGGACUUCAAGGAUAUCAUUAUGUUGUACUGGAUGAGUUUAAACUAGACAAGACUUCUUUCUGAAACACUUCCAGAAAGAUAAGAUUUCAGAGAAAAUCGAAGGGCACUGUCUGGAAUUCCCAGUCACUGCAGUUCCGUGGAGAGCAUCGAUCCCUUCCUAGAGGUUGUCGGGGACUCAUUAUCUCCCUGUUCAUUGUAGACUGCUGAUGAAAUCUCCAAUAUUUCAGUGAGCGUGCCUGAGGGGAGAGCAACACAAGAGAGGACAGUUGAACAUCACCAUUGGCCAAGACCUGAAAAAAUGGUGCUGGAUGAACAGAGUAUUAGAACUUAAUUUUAAAAGGGAAAUAAAGUCUUGGCAGGCGAUUUGCUUAAUUUCCACAUUCAUCAUGGCCCAAAUCCUCUGGCUGGCUGGUUGAUGGGACUGUCCAACGCUUCCCGUUGGGAUUCAGUGCAGAUCCUCUCUGCCUACGGAUCAAAAGACCUGGGAUCAGGUAGGAACUGGAUGGUGCCUAAUACGGGAAUGGAAAGAGAAAUGGACUCUGACGAGCUAAGAUGGAAGUGACUUGACAGCUCCAAGCUCAGCAGUUGUCUCCAGUAAGGACAGGUUAAGCGGGAAUCUCAAGCUUCGCUGGGAGAGCAGUAUGCAGGAAGCUGGUUUUCAGGCCACAAAUGCUUUCACAGAGUGCAAAUUCACCUGUGCCAGUGGUAAAUGCUUGUAUCUUGGUUCGUUGAUUUGUAACCAACAGAAUGACUGUGGGGAUAACAGUGAUGAAGAGAACUGUCUGCUUGUAACAGAGCAUCCACCUCCAGGCAUCUUUAGCUCUGAACUGGAGUUUGUUCAAAUCAUCAUUAUAAUUGUGGUUAUAACUGUUAUGGUGGUAGUGAUCAUCUGCUUGUUGAACCAUUACAAACUCUCGACACGCUCCUUUAUCAACCGACAGAGCCAAAGCAGAAGACAGGAGGAAACUUUGCAGACGGAGGGGUGCUUGUGGCCUUCAGAAAGCUCGGUUUCACGCCAGGGUGCUUCAGAGAUCAUGUAUGCUCCAAGGUCCAGGGACAGGUUCACUGCCCCGUCUUUUAUGCAGCGGGACCGUUUCAGUCGCUUCCAGCCCACUUACCCUUACAUGCAGCAUGAGAUUGACCUUCCUCCGACCAUCUCCCUCUCUGAUGGGGAAGAGCCACCGCCGUACCAAGGCCCAUGCACCCUGCAGCUCCGGGACCCAGAGCAGCAGAUGGAGCUCAACCGGGAAUCCGUCAGGGCACCGCCCAACCGAACCAUUUUUGAUAGCGACUUGAUAGACAUCUCGAUGUACAAUGGGGGCCCCUGCCCACCAAGCAGCAAUUCGGGCAUAAGUGCAACCAACUAUAGCAGUAAUGGAAGGAUGGAAGGACCACCCCCGACAUACAGCGAGGUCAUGGGGCAUUACCCAGGCUCCUCUUUUUUCCAUCACCAGCACAGCAACGUGCCUCCUUCCUCGCAGAGGGGGAGCAGACUUCAGUUUCAGCAGAACAAUUCAGAGAGCACAAUAGUCCCCAGCAAAGGCCAAGACCGGAAACCAGGAAACCUGGUCUAAGUUACUCGCCCAGGUGCAUUUGAACUGAAGACAAGAUUCAAGCAGGGUGGUGGAAGAAGACCCCUAUGCUCCGGUGCACAAUGUUGUUACGUUUCACGUGGUACAACUUAGUAAAAACCAAACGUGCAAACCAGUUCUUUGUUUCUGAUUCCUUUCAGGGGAAUUGCAUGCAAAGCAGAUUGAAAGAAAUACAAAUACAAACUUCCAUUCAGUUUGUCUACAAGCAGUGUUUCAGGGGAGAGGGGGGGAAUAUAUUAUUUUUUUUUAAUAAACUAUUUCAAUUAUUUAAUUCUAAAAGUUAACUUAGCACAGAAAUGAGGCUUGUACAGCCUGUUUUAUACUCACUGAAUGGCAGAAGGAAGAAGGUGGUUUUGCUAGAUGAAUGGGGGAAGAAUUGGCCAGUUUGCUUUUUUUUUUCUCCCAGGGUGUGGAUUUUUUUAAUAUGAAACAAAAUUCCUGUUUUGUGUGCCAAGGUAUAAAGUUGAGAACUUAGAUGAAUGCAAGGAAUUAAUUUGUGUUGUGAUAAAUGUGUUUUAAAAAGUUGCACUAUCUUAAUGUUUUAAAAAAAUAUAUAUGAGGGAACUGUUUUAUGUGAAGUUCUUCUAUAUGUUGUCGUUUCACCUGUGGAAUAAUGAUAGAGCCCCAGAAGGAAUCUGGAGGAGUUUUCCCCCCUCCCCCUGGGUUUGCUAGAAAAAGGGGACAGGACUUAGCCUAACAUCUCUUGACUUUUACAAAUCAAGAAAUACAGGGACACUUGUCUUUGCAAUAAUUUGCAUUCAAAUAACAGUGCAUCAGUGAAGUGUCUUGGAGACUUUUGGAUGGAAGAAGGCAAAUAUGAAAUUCCAGCAUUUUCCAUCACUUAGGGUUUAGCUGUUUUGCAGUGUAGAUUAUUUUGUUUCAUAAAUGGCAAAACAAAAUCCCAGAUGUGUUAAUUUGUAUUGAUUCUAACUAAGUGCUGCCAUUCUUUUCCUUUUCAUGAUGCAGUAUCGUCAGUACUUAGAGUUUUAGAGAUUUUUGUCCUCGCUGUAACCUGAAAUGUGUUUAGUCACAUAUCAUGACAUUAUGCAAUAAAUUGUUUAAAAAUGCAGGGUGGGUUUUUUCCCCUGCGAUGCUGUUAAAAUACGUGAGACUGUUGUGCUUUUCGCUCUCCAUUUCAUCCUUUAGAUACUGAAGUUCAGUCCUGGAGAUCCAUCCUGUUGAAGCGAAGGGGCCUUUGUAGCUAUAAACCCCUCCGUGCAGUUUCCGCAGCAGUACCGAGAGCAGUCGUGGCUGGCUUCUGCGGCGUCCCUGGCAGCGAUGGGAGAGCGCCAGUUAUUCGCACUGCAAACCAUUUUGCUCUGGGCCCUGUUGCGGAAACUCUCUUCCGUGCAUGUCAUCCGGCCGACGCCAGCAGGACUACGCUCAUGGGUAAAGAUGACUCGUGUGUUAACUAAGUGUCUGUAAGCCCUAGUUUUGCCACGUUGGUCUUAAGAGUAGUUGGAAAAUGUUAUCUGCCUGUAACGUGGCAUGUGGGGUGUUUCUUCCCUGGCUGUUCCUGCGUGGAAGCACACGUGAUGCUGGAGGGCGGUUGACAAAUGGUGAUAGUGGCAUCACAAGCACAUGAAAAAGCACAACUUGCACUUAAAAUGCAGUUUGGAAAUGGACUUAAAGUAAGAACAUUUAGAGUCUUAGCUUGAGUAGUUUCUAAUAUAUAUGUGUAUGAGUGUGUCAUAGACCUUUUCACUUUAAGAACUUUCACUUUUUUUCUAUUAAGCCUUGUGCUUGGUUAUGGGCAACAGCCGCUGUGUGCCCAGAGGGUGCUGCAGAGGAGUACGUGCCCUAGCACCUGAUCCCAUAGCUGGAGGCUGGAUUUCUGCAGGACUUCUGUACACCGGGGGCUCUGAUAACUGAAGUGCAUCUUUGAUCUAUGCAGAGUUUUAAUGCCAAAACAGUGUGUGUGUCUGUGUGUGUGUUUUAUGGGCCUCGGUGUAGAUUAUUUUCUUCAUAAGGUAAUUUGGUUUUAUUCUAGUUUAGAAAACAUUUGUAUAACUGUCAGUCUGAAUACGCAGCCUCAUUUGUCUCUAAUUGUUUUUUGGUCUGAGUCAUGCUGGUAAUGGAGAGUACAGCUGCCUUUUAAUUUAUGUAUUUGAAGGGAGAGAUAGAGACUGUAUGGUGGUAUUCACUUUUUUAUUUCCACUCAGACCCACAGGACAGGUGUUUAGGAGAUGACUAGAUGGCUGUCAGUCAGCUAGGGCUCUUGUCAUGUCUGGUUCCUGGGAAUAAAAGCUGUGAAAUUAGAUUUUUACAAACAACUGAUAAACGGAAUUCUUAGUUAAACAGAAGUUAAAAAUAAACCAGCAAAUGUUGGGUUUGGUUUCAGUGAUUUUUUUUGUUUUGUUUUUUUGGGGUUUUUUUGUUGUUGUUGUCCUUCAGAAGUGAGCUUUUAAGCCAGAGAAUGUGUGCCUGCAUAGCUACUGUGCUGUUGCCUAGAGUAGGAUUAUUUAGUGGAGAACUCUUCAGGUGAGAACAGCUGGAACUUGUUUGUCAUGGCAGAGCACACCUGGACUGGGCCCUGGGCUUGGACCGGUUGAAUACCAACUUUUCCCCAUGCACAGAUCUCAGUGAGCCUUGAAGUUGCCUUCAAAGUCACCUCUUGGGAACAUGCUUUCUUUGAAGACAGCCCUUUGCCAUCUUCUGCCAUCUGCAUGCCAGUGGAUUUAUGCACUUCCCAUUAACAUUGUCCGGUAUGAUGUCUGCACUGUUGUCUCUUAAUUUUUCUUGACUGAGGAAGUUUUUCUUUGUGUGGAGAAUGUAACCUGUUCAAGUUUUGUAGAAAAGAUUUGUUUAAAAAGAACUUAGUAUUUUCUCACUUAGUUGCAUUUUCUCUUGCGUCUUUGCCUUCUCAUCGUAUUGUGCUGUCCACAGCUAAUGUGCAGCCAGUAUAUCUGUCAGCUCUUGAAAGUGUAGUCACCUGUUGCUUGCUAUAGGUGAGCUUACAGUUUGCUACUUUCAUUUUGGGGCCACUUAUAGGAGUAAAUAUGGUAUUUUCUGAUGAAUGUUAGUGAUCUCCUAUAAGAGUGCUGUCAAUAGUAUAGUGUAUUUUUCUAGUUUUUCUUUUGUUGCAGUGAGAGAAUAUGCCCCUGCUAACAGAGCAGCAUGGUAAAAGGAGUAUCAGAAUUAGAUAGCACUAUCAAUCUUUACAGACUUAGAAAUUGGCAAUCUUUGAAGAUAGGUAAUUCUAUGAAGCAUUUAUGGAAAAUUCCCUUUGAAGAUAUCCAGAAUUAAUAAAUUGUAAUCCAUUGCCACUCAAAUGAAGCUUUAUAAAUUACAAAAUACUUCUGCAAACUUUGUAGAGCUAAUCAUGUAGAUUAUACCUCCAUACUGAUGUUCCGAUUUAUGUGUAUCAUGUAUAAAACCCACAUAAUAUGUGUGUGGAGCUUUCUGUGUGAUGAAUCAUAUUAGCCUGAAUUCUGGCUGUAUCUCCUGGUUUGCCUGGUAACCCGUCUUCCCAAAACUCAGUCCAGUGGUGUCCCCACUUCAGAAAAAAGAAUUUUUUUUUUUUUUUUAUUGUACCUUUAAAUAAAGCAUUAUGACCUCUGUCCUAUUGCAAAGGUUAAUUUUUCCCUUAUGUGGCUUGGCAUGGCUCCCUUCUUUGUGCUAAAUAUGCCCAAUCUUUGACGUUUCGCUCUGAUCUUGCAGGCCUAGAAAAGGCAGGGGAUUUAGCAACAUAAAGAGGUUUCUUGCCUGGUUUGCCGGUGGAGCACUUGGCUCUAAUUCUGGAUGUAUGUUUAGCGUGUUUGUGGUUGGGUUCAUCCCAGUGCUGUACAAGCAGGCUCUGGGUAUGUGAUGCUGCUUGAAAGAUGUGAGGAACACGAAGACUAUUACCCAGUCAGCAGAGCAGUGUGCAGGCCCCUUUCCUGUAGCAUGUGGCAUGUGCAGUUUCAUGGUACUUUGCAUAAUUUGUCACUUUGUCAGGGAGGACAUACUUAAGCUACUCCCACUGAUGAACUCUGCACUUAACCCAGUCUGUCUGAUGUGACUUUAUUACAGCAUGCUUUUUCCUUGUAAGUAUGAAAACUCAGAUGCAUGCCCCAUGUACAAGUUCUUGAUGGCUAGUGAGGAAGGUAUUUAUGUUCCUGCAGUAGUAGAAUCUGCAGGAACCAUGGGUCAAGCUAUGUUUCACUUGGCUUUUUAUUAGUGUUUGCCCACUUCUCCCACCAGUUUGUCCCAGCUAGAAGCUGCUUCUGUUAUCCCAAAACUUGGAAUUUUUGCAGAAAUUAAAUAAAGUGUCGCUAAGAUUUUUUUUUUUUUUUCCUCUGUGAAUGUGGUUCAGGGAAGAGCAAGAAGUGAAAUGACACUGUAUCUGAAAGAAUGCACUUUUUUUGCAGUAGGGAAGAAAGCCUUGCCCUGAGGUAGAGUCCUGUGUUUAGGCUGUCUGGAACAGCACUCUCUGAAGUGGUCAUUUCUAACCCUAACAGGUAGUGAGUGAGAUACUGGACCAUAAAACUUAUGCUCUGAUCUCUAAGGAAUGUUUGAAUGGUUUGGGGAAGAUUAAUUACUAACCUUUCACUGACUCUGAGCCCUGAACGUUCAUGGUAACUAAGGUUACCUGAUUUCAUAGGCAAAGAAAAAGAAAAUAGUAUGUUGGUGAAAAUGGAUAUGCUCCAAAAUUUUUUUUGCUGUAUUUUUAUUUCCUUCCCCCAAGGAUAAACAGUAGGCUUGCUGAUAUAUUUUAAGGUAUUUAAGAUUAUUCACAAGUUCUCUCUAGUUGUUACCAUUAAGUUAUGUCCAUGCACAUGUGUGUGUAUACAUACCUGCAUGCAAACUUGUGCCUGUAUCCUACUACUACUCUGUAUAUUAGUUACUCUUCCAUAAUCACCUUCCAGAAGUGGCUAUAUACUGUGCUCUCAGGAACAACAACAACAGGUCAUUUGUCAAACAGCUGGAAGCAUGAGAAUAUUUGCUUUUCAGACCUGUAAAUGUCAUGGCCCUGAUUUUAUCAAUAGGGGAGUUUCUUGCUGUGCACAUUCUUGCCUGUGACCUGGUGGGCUAGCGCAUCUUCCAUCCAACAGCUCUCUCCUUUUGGGUGAGCUGUGAAAAAUCCUCGUGCUUUCAGGACAACCCUAAUGUAGACCUCAUGUAUUGAUGUACAGGAAGGAAAUGUACUCAUGUACUCUAAAUCUCAGAAGCAUGUUUUUUCAAACCUACCUGAUGCUGAGAAUCAAGUGAUCCAUUUGUACAGUGGGUUCAGAUGAAGGCUGGCUUUUCAUUACAUCUUUGAUUUUUAGAUAAAGGCUGUUGCAAAUAAUUUAAUUACACAUACCUGGUCUUUUCCAUCACUAUGUUGCCUGCUUGCCAACCAGUGCAAUUACAACUUUUCUCUUAAACUAGCCCCAAGUAUGUCAAUUGUUUAAAUCCCUGAAAAGACAGACUCCUACUGAAUUGUCUGAGACCUGUUAAGGCCUUUUAAAGCACAGAGGAGUCCCUUGUGAGGACAUGUUGAACUUACAGAUACUUCCUGUCUGAAGACUGUUCUGUAUGUUUCAUUAGGAAAUUGAAGUCUAAAGUUUUUAGAGUGGCCCAGCUGAAAAUGUUGGUAAGAUUUUUAUUUUUUUAAAUACUUAAUACAUUGUUUGCCAGCCUGUGCUUAUUAAUUGGGUGUAAAUUACAUUUUGACCCACCUCCAAUUGCCAUUGCUAUGUUAGAAAAAGCCCAAUUGGGCACACUUGCACCAGCAAAAAAGAGUAAUUUUCUUAGUACAGCUCCUCUUGGGGAAUUAGGAGAAGCUGCACCACCAAGUUCAGCCUCCAAAACCAGUAUCAGACCUGCACUGCCUCUUCCCAGCAAACUCAGGUGUAGGUGGCAGCUCAGUUCCAAUCAAGUGCUUUACCACACUAUUAGCACCACAGAUGUGCAGUGGAGGAGGCUACUGGUGUUUCCUUGAAAUUGUGACUAUUUGCAUUAAACAGUUGUCAGGGCUGCUAAAGUUGCUUUUGUAACCACUCAUGUAUCUUUCUGCUAUUUUGAAAGGGAAAACCAAGCAUGAUUUUAUAUUGAGAAGUGUUGCAAAGUCUCCUGGCUCUUACUUCUGCCUUGCUGUUGUGUCUCACAUUUUUAGACUGAACACAAGCAACCUGGGUAUUGCUAGCAUCGCUUUCCUGCUAUAAAAGAGCUUACCUUUUUAUGUUGGUUAACAGUAAAGAAACAAACUUGUAAUUUAGAUACUUCCCUGUUUCUUCUGACAGCCGUGUGAUUUACUGCCAGAGAUGACUCUGUCGUUUCUUUGCUAUAUUGCUGCUGCUGCCGCUGCUGUUUUAAAUGGUUUGGUGUGUGAGCUUUCUGAAACAACGUGGUGUGUGUAGGAUCUUGUGGGUGAUAAAGCUGUCUCUUUACUUCUUCCUUUCUCUCCUUGGUUUGUGCUUGUCUGUCUGCCGUGGUAGGCUUCUUAAUAAAUUAUAUACAUCCGUAUUAGAUAUAAUUUUGAGGAGGUUUGCAUGUUGGUAGUUUGUAAGCAACUAAGGUGCCUCUUGUUCAGGUCUGAGCAGAUAGGAAUCCCCUUGCACUCGAGAGGGCCUGAUCCAAAGCCCAGUGAAGUUGGUAGGAAGACUCUUGCUGACUUCAGGGGGCUUUGGAUCAGGCCUUACGCUCCCACCUUUGUUGUGCCUCACUUAAAAUGGUGCUUUUUCAGUUGUCUGUCUUUUUUUCUGUUCGUGUUUUUUUUUUCUUUGUAUGGUGCUGUGUAUAACUUGAAUAUAUUAUGCACAUAUCCUACCCAAUGGGUAGAACAAACAAACAUACAAAAACAAAUAGAUGUUGUUAAUACUGUAAAAUAAUGUAUAGCUUAUACCAAUUUUAACACAAAAAAAUGGCAUAGACUUUGUGAAUGCCAACUUCUGUGCUUGGUCCUUUUUUGUAAGAAAAUUUGCAAAUGAAUGCAUACAAAUGACAAAAAGUCUAUGUAUUUUAUUUUCCUAUUAAAAAACAAUAUAAUGUCAUAAGGGAAAAAGUUAGAACACAUCCUUUUUGAGUAGCCUGUGUAUAGCAGUUAGUCGUUUGAUGCAUCUUUGCUGUGAAGAUUUGUUUGGGGUUUUUUUUUUUAAAUGUGUCACUUUAAGAAAAAGGAAAAAACACAAAACCUCCACAGCUUUAACCUUGCAACUAGAUGCUUCUCGUAUUGGUUGUUGCCUCGCUAUUGCUGAGUUGGACCAGUAUUGGUUACUACUUCUCCAGCAGAUAUGUUAUUUAUUACUACCCUUGAUUACCUUUUUUUCUUCUUCUUUUAACUUAGAAAUGGGCUAAAACCUUUCGAAUCUUUUUAUCCACAUCCUAGAUUUGAAGUGAAGCUCAGACAAGUGGGGACUGACUCAAACCAUCCCUGCAAAAUCAAAACUAGGCUAACGAGUUUUGUGGCAACAGCCAGCCCUUGCUCUAUGCCCACUACUGGUACACAAUUCUGCCACUGCAAACUGUCCUAAGGCUUGGUGUAUAGCUGUGACUCGCUGAUGACCUGUGUAGCUGCAGACGUGCAAGCCUUAAGGAGGGACAAGAAAAGUUGCAGUUGGUAGCGAGCUGAAUGCAGGGUUUGAGCGUGAGCUUUGAGUCGGCAGCGCUGCUGCUGCGUUGGCCUCUGACAGCAAUGGCUUAACCCAAUUUCAUAUUUAAGAUCAUGGAGAAAUGCCUAAACCUGUUCAGACCCAAUGCGGGAAGCAGUGUGGAAAGUAAUUCAGCACUUUCUGCCAGACUCCCUCGGCAGUUUGGUUCUUCCCCGAUGUCGCUGCGCAUUUGGCUGUCUCUCCCCAUGCGCUCCCGGUGCGGCCUCUUUGGUAAAGCAAAUACCUCAGGAAAACUCAACAUGAAGUUCUAGUGUAGAGACUUGCAGAUGCUGUACUUAUUUUUCUAAACUGUUUGUUCUAACUAUCCCAGGAUGGUAGGUGAUAUAAAAGUUUAUUGGUCCGAGACAGACUAGUCCUCUCACAGAUGGAUACUGACUAAUCUUUCGUAGAUACUCGUGUCUAUAUGUAGCUUUUUUAUACUUGUCAGGCUUUAACCACAGAUGUAAGGUAGCAAGGUGUUGGGAUAUGUUUGAGAUGGCAUUUUUGUUUGGUUUUACAGAUAACUAACUAAACGCUAUACUAAAACUCAGGGGGCCUUAUCCGGGGCCCAGUGAAGUCAAUGGUGAGGCUUCCUCAGGUUUGAGUGGGCUUUUGAUCUGGUCCGUCACGCUCAAGGAUGGUGCCUUGGAGCACAGUCCUUCACGACUUCUCUGUCAACCUGAAACUUCAGCUACACGUUUGUCUGUAAAUAUCUUUUAAAGUCCUCACAGGAGUCCUGUAUCUGAAUGUUGAUCAUGGUUGCUUUGAGGUUUUUUUGUUCUAAAGAAGUAUGUAAUUUUUUUUUAUGGCCAGUUCUGCAUCAUCAAGCCCUUACAGGUAGCUUGUAUCCAUCCCUCUAUAUAUUGAGCUGUUUUAUCGGUGAGCAUGUACCAUAGGCAAAUACUCAUAUUUCAUGACUGUCAUCCGUUAACUCAUUUAUUGUUUGUCAGGGCAUAGAGUAAUUGUUUUGGAAGUAUACCUUGCCUGGCCAUGUCCGUGUUUCUGUUUGCACUGCAGUACCACUUCUGUGCAUGAAGGAAAAAGACAAAACCAACCAACAAAAAACCCCAGGCCUUUGACUAGGAAGACUAGGAAGACAGAGCAAACCUCCCACUGGAGGAAUCUAGAGUAGGAUUUAUCAUAACAAAACUUGCAUAUUGAGUGGACCAAACAUGAGCAUGUCUCCUUUUAGAGGCACUAAUUUGCUUUGAAGCUGCAGUGGAAAGAGCAGACUAUCUAUUAAGUGUAUUCACAGCUGUGUUCACGCUUUCCAUUUACCACAAAGCACAGCAGGCAGCCAAGAUUUUAAAAGAAGUAUAAGCAGAAGUUAUGAGAGCCUCAGGCAUCAUAGACCUGGACAGCAAAAAUAAUAAUAAUAAAAAAAUUCACUUUAAUAUUCUUUAACAAAGCUUUUCUACUUAUAGAACAAAGACUACAUAAGCAUCAAUAGGGGUUUUAUCUUUGUAUAGCUAUCAACUGCCCAGUGCUGCUGUGCUCAGAGCAUUUCACGAUGGUAUGUACAUCAGUCAGGCUGUUACACUUAAAAUUAACCAUCAAAUGCCUGUUUUUAGAGUGUUGACCCUUCCUUUGUUGUUUCUUGCUAGUUAUUUUACAGUGUAGAAUUUAUUACUGUAUGGAUUUUUUUGUAUUUCCAACAUUGUGGCUUUCAAGAUCACAUUUUCAACACAUCUCUUAUUUUUGUCCAUUUUGUUUCAAGCUAUUCUGAAAUAUGUACAGCACUAUCAACACUAUUUAAUCUUUCUUUUAAAUUGAUGUAAAAACAAAGCUAUUAAAAACAGUAAGUCUUUUUACAACUGUAUUGGAACUUCUCAAUAGCUGUUCAUGUGAUGCUGUUACAAACCUGGCUUGCUUUAAUUUUUUAAAAAAAUUUAUUUUCCUUUUAACACAAUUAAUUUGUUGCUUAUUUUCCACCGUAACUCCCAGUUAUAUACAGGAAAAGAUUUCAACUGUUGUGUAUCUGACUCUUUUAAUUGAGCAAAUGGUGAUGUCCUAGUUUUUAGACCUAAGGUCUGUUUAUUGCAAUACUUUUAAAGGAAGAUGUUGCUCUAAGUGCUGUUGUUAGUUUUAAAUACAGAUUUUAUGCUUGUUCUUAAUAUGCCGUGGUUAAACCAUGGCACAAAAUUAUUAAAAAUCAUGAAAUGCA